AUGGUGGUAAGGAGGGACGACGGGGACAAGACGAAGAAGAAGUCUAAGGAGCACAAGGGCAAGAAGCAUAAGAAGCGCUCGCAGUCUUCCUCACGCGAGUCCAGCGAGGAGAGUGCCGAGGAGGGCAUCCAGGAGCUGCAGUCGAUCUUUGGGCUUCCCAACAAGGAGUACCAGCGGAAUCCGAAGCAGGCUCGUGCAGAGGAUCUGUCGGCGAAGCAGACGGCGGUGGCGAUCACCAAUAUCACUUCGUGUGUGACUUCUGAUGAUAUCAUGGAGAUUGGCGGCGAUGCCGAAUCCUUGCUGUCACAGAACAGAGACCGGUUCAAGAAGUCGAAGAACAAGGAUGGCGAGCACGCUGCAGUCAACAAGGCAAGAGCAGCUAGUGUGAGAUGGAAGAAGCGGCUCGGGAAGCUGAUCCAGGUGAGCUGCCUGUUUCGCACAAUGACAAACCCAGUCUGUGGAAAGUCACCAUCGGGCAUCAACAUCAUGAAUGCGAAGACUAUGGAGGAUGUCUCGAUUUUGCUUCGCAGCUUGAGUGCCAGUCACAGGAAGCUCCCCGGCUAA